AUUUGGAAAACCUCAAAUUAAAACAAAUGCAGACAGAUAUAAUGCAAGUAACAAUUAUGAAGGUAUUAACGAAUGGAUUACUCAAAUUCUUGACCCGUUUCUCAGGACGAAGACGAAUACAAGUGAAGCAUAAAAAUGAGAUGAAAAAUCAACGAAGCCAUAACGUCAAUCUCAAAGUGCCCAGCUGUCGAUUUUAUAAUCGUCUCUACACAAUGCCAAUAGUUUUAAUGUUAUUUUUUAGUGCAGCAUGUGAUGUUACAGAAGCUUGUAGAAGUCGCACAAUUUAUAAGCCACGCACAACACCAACACCCAGUCCAAGACCAAAUAUUACAUUCCACACUUACAAAUGUCCCGAAGCAUAUGCAACAUGGUACUGUCUUAACGGUGCUACAUGCUUUGCUGUAAAAUUGGGGAUGGAGGUUCUCUAUAAUUGCGAAUGCAAAGAUGGAUAUAUUGGACCAAGAUGUGACUACAAGAACCUUGACAACUCAUAUUUAUCAACAAGAUCUCGUGUAAUGUUAGAAACAGCUAGUAUUGCUGGAGGAGCAGUUGCUGCCUUAUUACUAGCAUGUAUUGUGGGUUUCUUUGUCUACCUCAAAAAAAAUGCCAUAAAGCAGUGCGAAUUUGAAGUUGAAAGUCAAAAGAUAAAUCAUCAUCAUGACAUAAUUAAGCUUCAUCGGUGUCAGAGUGGAUGUCAAAUUUCAGAUCAAUUUACUAUUGUCAUAAAAUACCACAAUGGAUGACAGAAUGAAGUUUUUGAUUUCAAAGAUUGAAGAUUGUUCUGAUGGAAAUGAAUCCAGAUCUCAUGAAUGAAAUUUGAAGUCUGGCUAAUGAAGCGUCGUUAUAGGCACGAAUGACACAAAGGAAGAGUAAAAGACUUGAUGGAAAAUCUUAUUUUAUUGCUGUGAUAUUAGAAUACCCAA